CACCUCGACGUCAACAACAACGAGCAUCGUGUGUUACAUUGGCGAUACACGCCGGUGUUUCUCUAUUAUUCAGUGAUCAAUUAAAUGUAGCAUCGUUGAUACGUAAAUCGAGAACCGUUAACCGCCAUUUCAAGCUCGGGCAAGAUCGAUUAAGAGAAGUCGUACAUUUUUAUAAAUAAAACAACCAUGGACACUGUGAUGUCUUCGGAAUCAAGUGGCUCCACUCGUAUCGAUGCGGGGAAGAAUCAGACGAGCUUCCAGAAUUAUGUGCAGAAAUAUCCGAAAUACACGCUGGCGGAUUCAGGGUACAAAGACACAGAGAGACAAAGACUCAACAUGGACUAUCACAUCCAAGUGGUGACCAAGGAUGAUAAGCUGAGGAUACUGAAAUUCCUUAGAAGGUUCUUCUUCAGGGACGAACCGCUUAAUCAGUCGAUCGAACUGAUACCAGAGAACGAGGACAGCACCUGCCUCGAGUUAGAGGAGUAUUGCAGUAUGUCCUCGCUCGAGAACAAUCUCAGCCUAAUGGCGGUCUCGACUAACGGAGCUAUAGUAGGUGUUUUGUUAAAUGGAAAGAUGGAUCCACCGAGUGACGAAGAACCGGAAUACAUAAGCACGUGCGAGAAUCCAAAAUUCAAAAAGAUUCUCAGGCUACUGAAUUAUGUGGAUAGGAACGUGAAUCGUGACGGGAAGUUCCGAGGGUUGAACAUCCUAGAGAUCAGAAUAAUCUCCGUGGAUUCGAACUGGAGGGGCAAAGGAAUUGCCAAAUCACUCAUGGAGAAAGCGAUCGAAAUUGGAAAGGAAAAAGGUUUCCAUAUUGUACGUGCCGACUGUUCGUCAUUUUUCUCUGGAAAACUUUGCGCGAGAUUGGGUUUCGAAAGAAUAUACGAGCUUAAUUACGCCGCUUAUUUGGACGAGGAUGGCAACCCUGUAUUCUCCCCGGCGUAUCCUCAUACAGCGAUUAUUUCGUACAUCAAGAAACUAUGAAGAGCGACGCGAUAUAUGGCUUGAAAUCGAGUACCUGUUUAGAAUCAAGGAUAACUUUUAAAA